GGUGCGGCCUGACGGCCUGGAGGGUAGUGUGCUUCCCGCUCGCGGGGCCGGGCUUGGGCGGAUCAGCGGAGCCCGGCGGGGUUUGGAACCCGGAGGCCCGAGCGGCUGCGCACGUUGCGGCGUUGGGGGCGGGACAGAGGGCGAGCACGGAGCGGGUGGACGGAGAGGAAGAGCCCUGCGGAGACGCUGGGAUCCUGCGGGGCGCCGCUGCGCCGACUUGACGUAGCCAAGGCAAAAGCCAGGGAACACGCGGACAGGGCGAUAGAAAUUAGCCAAAAUGAAACACGGAAAAGAGGACCAUGUCUUAUGUUGAAGUCUUCAGAUGGCGUGUGAGGCAGAGCGCAGUCCCUUGGGCAUGUUCGAGUGCCAGCUCUGUGCCUUAACAGCCCCUUACAGCUACGUGGGGCAGCGGCCCCCCAACACCCAGUCCAUUGUGCUCCUGGAGGAGAGCUACGUCAUGAAGGACCCCUUCACCUCCGACAAGGACAGGUUCCUGAUCCUCGGCUCCAGAUGCAGUCUGUGCGGCAGGCUGGUGUGCGUGGGCCCGGAAUGCAGUCUGUUUUACUCCAGGAGGUUCUGCCUCCCCUGUGCCCAGGAGAACGCUGCUGCUUUCCCUCCGGUAGUUCAGCAAGAUUUGGAGAAAAAGAAAAGCCCACCCAAGAGGCCUUCCAGCCAGCACGGCUCUCGGACGUGAGCGCAGCAGGGAACCGGGUCCGCAGUCGUGCCCGCCCUGCACCCGGCCCCCGCUUGCGGGCUUCUGCGGCCUGGGGCAGAGAUGGGGCCGUGCCUGGCGCUGUUUCUGGGCCACGGGAGGCAGUGUCUGC